GAAGAAGCCUUCAGCGCGGGUGUUUUGGUUGCGCUAACGGUGCUAACGGUUAGCUGCGCUCGACCAGCCAGAGCUCUGUCAAACUUCUCUUCCCGGUGGUCCUCCUCCUCCUCCUCUUCCUCCACUACGUCAUGGAGUCCGCGGAGAGCCGCUACGCUCACCUGCUGCAGCCGAUCCGAGAGCUCACCAAGAACUGGGAGAUUGACGUGGCGUCUGAGCUCAACGACUACCUGGAGGAGCUGGAAGAAACGUCCAUCACGUUCGAUGGAGGGAAAACGCGGCUGGACUUCGCCGAAGCGGCGCUGCUCAUCCAAGGUUCUGCUUGCAUCUACAGCAAGAAGGUGGAGAUGCUGUACAGCCUGGUCUGCACCACUCUGGACUACGUGAACGACCGGAAAAAGAAGCGGAGCAAAGAGGCGGCGGCGGCGGCUGAGGGGGGCGACGCAGGAGGAGCGACGAGCUGCGAUGAUACUGACGACCGGGAUGCGUUCAGCCAUCUGGACCUGGAGGUGUCGGAAAAGUUCUCCAGGUCUGACUCCAGCGCGAAGGUGAACGUGACCCCUCUCCCCCCCGAAUCCCUGAUCGCUCCGGAGAGCCGGGAGAAGCAGAAGCUUCCUCUGAUCACCCUGAAGGGGGAGCUGGUCUGCAGCCAGAAGGACUUCAGGAUCAACCUGUACGCGCCGGGGGAGGGGGACCUGAUCCUGCUGACGCGCCGCUCGCCCACCGACGUAGCGGCGUUGAUGCAGCUGGGCAACCUGGGCCCCGAGGAUACUGAGAUGCAGCCGCAGACAGUUGCCCCUGACGACGGUGAUGCUGACGCCCCUGACUACGGCGCCGCCAACGCCGCUGACGACUUCCUCCCCAUAGACGAGCACAUGGAGGUGGAGCCGGGGCCCGAGGAGCAGAUCCACCGGCACCAGGCCGUGACGCCGGGCGACGGCCGGAUGCUCCGAGACCGGCGGCAGCUGGAGGCGGAGAGACGGCCGGAGGAGGCCGAAGCCGCCCCGGCGGUGAACAUGUGGGCUCUGCACGACCCGUACGCCGUCGUCGGGGAGGACAAGCCCCUCAAAGCAGGGAAGUGCUACAAAGUUCCCGACGGCGUGGAGGACGGGGGGAAGAGGAAGAGGAAGCGAGCUGCGGCGCUGCAGGACUUCAUGAGCUGGUUCAGACAAUCCUCCGAUCAUCAGGAGCAGAAGUUCAAGUGUGGACCCACGUUUACAGACCUCAACUACAUUUAUUUGACCACGUUAAAGGACAAAGUGAAGAAGCAGAAGAGGAUCUGCAGGCGGGUGGGUGUGAUGCUGUCAGAGGAGGAGCUGAGGCGGACCCUCCUCCAGCCGGAGGGGGCGGGGCCAGAGCAGCCGGGGGAGGAGCCUUUCGACGCGCUGAUGGGUGGAAACGACGACGACUCGGGCGGCGAGUAUGACGCGUUUCCUGACGACAUUCCGGCCGAGUUCGCUGGAGCGCCGGACUCCAUCUCCCCGGACGCCCAGAGGGAGGAGCUGACGUACGAGGACCUGGUGAAGCUGCGCGUGAACCAGCUGGUGGCCAACAGUUGCAGCUACACCCAGGAGACGUCUCUGUCCCGCCGGGUCAAGGAGUGGGAGGACAAGAUCCGGCCGCAGCUGCAGCUGCAGGAGCAGCAGCCCGUCUUCGACAUCCACGACUACGGCGAGCGCAUCGUCGGCGCGCUGAGCAGCGUGGGCCGCUGCCGGACCUUCGCCGCCAUCGUCCACGGCCUGGACAACUUUGAGGCCUGCAAGUACCUGCUGGCGUCGCUGCAGCUGGCCAACGACUACACGGUGGAGAUCAGCAGCGCCGCCGGCCUGGAGGAGAGCGUGGACUCGCUGUCGCUGACGCUGCUCAGCACGCUGAAGGCCACGGACCGCUUCAAGACGCUGUCGGGGGCCACCUGAGACCUGGACCUGGACCUGGACCUGGACCAGGACCCCAUCAUGCUCAUUUGUUGGAACAUUAGUAAUAAAACUGAGCCUCGUUGGUGAUGUCACCAAGGAGGGGGCAGGGCAACAUCUAGGAGGCGUGUUUUGUCUCAUGAUGUCACACAAACUAAUUUUAUUAUUUUUUAAUUAUUUUUAUCAUGUUAUUUUACUAAAAACGGUGAAAGGUUGGAGGAAAAACCCACAAAUAUCCAAAAUAGAAGUAAUAAAUUGAACUAAUAAACAUUUUAAGCGUCAUUAAACACGUUUCUGAAGACGUGAAACGGUCCUGAACGCAGAAGACGGACUUUAAUGGACCACAUCAGUCCAGUGAGACGUGUCCACCUGUGGACAGGUGUCCUGGUCCUCAUUUCCAGUCCUGUGGAGCCUAAACAUCCCCCUAUCGUCAUGGUAACAUCCAGCUGUUGUCAUGGGAACAGGUCUUCUGGUCUUGCUGGUCUAGAAGUUUCUCCUGGUCUACUCAGGUCCAGGAUGGUGGACACCACGGGCUGCAGCUACCCAAUAUUGUGGUGAUCGAUUAUUCUAUGAAAUAUUCCAUCCAUUAAUUGGAUAAAAGUUAGUUUUGCUUCAUUAAAGCCCAAUUAUAAAUAUACAAUAGAAAACGAGACAGAUUUCUUGAUUAAAAACAACCAAUUUGUUUCUUUUAUGAGAAUAAUUGACAUUUACAUAUGAUGCAAACUAGUAAAUUUAACUGUUUGUUAAAUUUUCCAAUAAAAAUAAAAAUUUGUUUUAAACUUAACAUUUCCUGAAAGAUUAAAAAAAAAAAAAAAGUAUUUUUUCCAAGUAUCAAAAAUAAAAAAUAUUCUUAAAUUGUGCAGCUUCACAUCCAGAACCAACACGUUUCAACAGAGAUGCUUGGCUGUGGACCAGGGCCUUUUUUUUUAGUAUUUUUAUAUAUUUUUUAUUCAUUUUUAAUUUAAAAUGACCCCACAGCUUCAACAUCUUGUCUCUUCCUCUUAUUUCUUUUGCUUUGCUGCGUUUUCUCAUUGUCACUGUUUUCAGUCCUGUCUUCUUCGGCUUUAUAAGGGACACAUGCGUGUAGCACGUUGUCACAUUAAAAAGAACCAGUGUGAAAUUAA